UUUCCUUGUAUUAAUUUUCUGUAGGAAGCUUUUGGACACUGAGGAUGAGCUCUCUGACAUCCAGUCGGAUUCAGUCCCGCUGGAAGUGCGGGACUGGUUAGCUUCUACAUUCACAAGAGAAAUGGGAAUAGUGAAGAGGAGACCUGAAGAAAAGCCCAAAUUCCGAAGCAUUGUGCAUGUUGUACAAGCUGGGAUUUUUGUAGAAAGGAUGUACCGGAGAACUUCUAGCAUGGUUGGUUUGGCUUACCCAGCAGAAGUGAUAGAAGCAUUUAAGGAUGUUGAUAAAUGGUCUUUUGACGUAUUUGCCCUACAUGAAGCAAGUGGAGAGCACAGUCUGAAAUUUAUGAUGUAUGAGCUUUUUACCCGAUAUGACCUUUUGAGCCGCUUCAAGAUCCCUGUUCCAACUAUUAUUUCAUUUGCUGAAGCUCUUGAAGUUGGUUACAGCAGAUACAAAAAUCCAUAUCACAAUUUGCUCCAUGCAGCUGAUGUUACACAAACUGUGCAUUGUAUAAUGAUUCACACUGGUCUCAUGCACUGGCUCACAGAACUGGAAAUUUUAGCAAUGAUCUUUGCAGCUGCCAUCCAUGAUUAUGAACACACUGGGACCACAAACAACUUUCAUAUUCAGACAAGGUCAGAUGUUGCAAUAUUGUACAAUGAUCGUUCUGUUCUUGAAAAUCAUCAUGUAAGUGCUGCUUAUAGACUCAUGCAAGAUGAAGAGAUGAACAUCCUGGCAAAUUUAACCAAAGAUGAGUGGAGGGAGUUGCAUAGCUUGGACAUUGAAAUGGUCUUGUCUACAGAUAUGUCGAGUCAUUUUCAACAAAUUAAAACAAUGCGACAUACUCUACAGCAGUCAGAGAGGGUAGACAAAGCCAAAGCCAUGUCUUUGAUUCUCCAUGCAGCAGAC